UGAUGGGAGAUCUCUGAGGUGAGGAGGACACCUUAACAGCACUCAGAAGUUGAAUCUCUCUAUUGCCUCUCUUUUUCACUGACUGCAUCCUGAUCACACCACUAGACCAAACUGCAGGGGAGCAGGGUGGACAAGACAACAGAGUACUUUGAUUUUUCAAACCUUCCGAAGACAUUUGCGCUCAUUUGUGGGGUGUUGCAGAGUGUGUAUCAGCCAAGGUAAACAGCUGUGUGAAAUAUUGAUGGGGCAACAGGUGUGAUCCCUUACCGUCGGUCAGUCCUUGCCCCCCUGAUCACAUGCACCUCACGGAGAGGGGGUGUCUAUGCCCCCGCCACACACCACAACACGGACACCAGCACUGAUCAGGUGGAGCCCACUCCUCCCGGUGGGGAGCGGGCGGAGGGGGGUAACGGGGACGGGUCUCUUUUCUACAGGGAGCUGUGGUUCAUUGUGCUGAUGACAGGGGUAGCCCUGGUGGUUCUAGCUAUCGUUCUGGGGAUCAUCCUGCACAAGGCCCUGAAAAGAACCCCAUUCACUCGAGAGCGCCCCCCUCUGGUGGCCCUGCCCAUGCAGAAGAGGAGCCCCAUGGCCGUGUAUCCCCCCAGCGACUCCUACCUGGUGAGACGGCCCAACUGGUUUGACACGGUGCCCAACACAACAAGCUCCUCCAACAGUGUUACACUCAAAGGGUUCACCAUGCACCUGGAGGGAGUGGAGGACAGUAAGUUUUGGGCAGGUGGCGACGCCCCUCCCGAGGGUGAGCUGGGUAUCCUUAAUGUGUCCAGCCUCCACGUGUCCGCUAUCCAUGGCUCUGCCCACUCCCAGAAUUCUCUGCGGCGCAGCGUGAGCCAGAUGAUGGACAGGAAGUCGCUGACAGGGGAGGAGGAAGUGUGGGACUCUCACAUUCAAGGCCACGACAGCGGGAUGUUUAUGGAGGACGAGGAGUUUGUCGACACUAUUAAAGGCUUCAGCACGGUGCGGAAGGAACACACCAUGUUUACCGACACUAACCUGUGACCUGCUGUGACCUUUGAAAUCCACCCCUCACCUUGUCAGGUCAGACAGGUCGACUGGAGGGGCAGCCCCUCACAAAGGGAGGUCGGAUGGGUACACAAAGCAAGCCAUAGACAUUCACUAACAACAUCCUAUUUGACUAUGACUGCAACCGACAUACCAAACAGCACUCUUGGGUUAAAUAAAAAAUGGAAUACAAAAAAUAAAAUUCCAAAUAUGACUAACUGAAGAUAAUCCAAGAAAAGGACCUGUCUUGCAAGCCAGGCUAUUUGGUCAUAAUUCAGGGACAGAAAUGUCACCAUGAAAGAGAAGACUCCCGAUGAGAUAGAGGAACUGAUAAGAGAGAUAGGGAAAUGUUCUCAGUGAACCUGUUCGUUUCAAUGAGCAGUAUCAAGGCAUCCAUUUAUAUUGAAAUGUGUUUUGGGAUUUCUUAUAGCUACACUGACCUAAAAUACAAAGAGAACAGUGUUUUCAUUUUAAAUAAACAUAUUUGUAUAUUGA